UCCCCCAAGUUUCACUUUAUCAACAACAAGCUGCGCACAUACUAAAGAUUAUUGUUUUUAAACGCAAGCGAUCAGAGAUCGAUCUAAUUCCGUUCAGUAUUUAUAACAAUAAUAACAACUGAGGUGAGAAUUAGACGCUGGACCCAUAAUCGCCUUUUAAAUUAUUCAGGAAGUCAGAUUGUAGAUAUACUGUAAUCGAAACUUAAACCUGGGAACCAAAAAGGUGAAGGAUGUGUUUUACAGCCUGAAAAGUGGCCAUGUUGCACAUACAGACAAGUAAAUCUUGACUAUUAUCUACACUUCAAUGCCAUUAUGGCUCUCUCAGCCAUCCCAGAAUGGAGGGAUAAGAUAAUAGGAGAGCAGCAAGUGGAGGAUGAGUUUACCUGCCCAGGUGUGUUGCAGGGAUCUCUGCUUUCCCUGAAACCCACAGUGGAGCGAGUGUUCUCUGUGACUUUGAGAAUUGGUGGGGAAGAUGACUCAUAUGCCUCUCAGGAUGGACAGAUUUGGCUACAACUGAAGGGAAGAAAACAAGUAGUUGAGGCAGCAAAGCUUUUUAUAAAAGGUGUUGUGAACCAGGAGACUCAGAAGGAAGUUCAAUAUCCACCUAUCCUUCACUGUGUGUUCUGUGGUGCCAAUGGGUUGUUUACUGACUGCCUGGUUAGAAAUACCUCAGCGCAUAUAGUCGUGGGCUCAGUAGGUUGUCUCCUCAUCUCUGGGUUGGCUGAGCCUGUUGUGAAGGCCUACUCCCUUGUCAUAGACCUGGUAGACAAGUACAGUUCUAGCCAAGCACAAACCUCUGAAGCAAAAAGUGAGUCCAUGGAUUCACGUCGGGUCUUCAAAUCCCUGGUGGAAAGACUGGAGGACAGUCACACUCUAGAACUUCUAGUCCUGCCAGUGAUGGUUAAAGAAGUUCUUCUGGACCUAGUUAAGCAGUCAGGACUAGAGCCAAACACUUUGGACAGUGGUGUAAUUUCGGCCGGAGCCACAAAACCUCUAAAGAUUCAGCAGAGGAUGGAGAGACUGAUGCUAAGAGAAUCUACAGGAAGCCAGGACCUUGACGUUUUAAAAACUGCCACCAUUUCUCCCAGAGCAAAUGGGGCACCUUUUUUUAACUUUCCAGAUUACAAAAUCAGUGAUACAGGAAAACAAGUUAAUAAAGCAGAGUCCCCAUGUCACUUUUUGCACCCUUUGGUAGCGCCUGGUGAUGCAAGUUCAGAUAUAACGAAACAGAACAGACAAGUGCACAAGUGUUCGGAAGGUGUAUCCCAUAAUAUAGUAAAGAAAGGAGAGUUAGAUCAGGAGGCUCAACAUGGAGAAAACCUGUUGUCUACAUCAAGCAAACAAGAAAAUGAGCACCUACUUAAAUUCUUCACUGCUAUGGGAUUCAAUGAUGAAGUGGUAUGCAGGGUUUUAGACCGUACUGGACCCAGAGAACCCUCUGAGGUUCUUGACCUGAUUCAGCAAGAGCAGGAUAAAGCCAUGAUCAGGAUCAUAAAGCAAGAGGUGAACGGGGCACAAGAGGCCAGAGAUGAAGAUUUUGUUCUUGGUGUCAUGAAGAAAGCAGCAGCCAGCUGUGGGUACACAGAGGAUAAGGUCACUGAGAUUUACAGCAAUGUCCCUGAAUUGAAACCGCAUGAGCUGAUCCUGGAACUACAGAGAAAGGGUAUGAGAGAACAAAUUGGAGAGAAAGCCAGCAACAGAAAGAAAGCAGAAGAAACAGAGGAGCCGAUGAGAAACACACACAUUCUUCAUGGAGCCAAAGAACUUCAUUUAAAGGAAGAGAAAAAAACUGAGAGAAUUUUUGGGAACACUGGAAUGACAAAUAUAGAAAAGAUUGACAAUAAUAAAAGAGAAAGUUUAGAAGGAGUAAAGAAAAAGAAGCAGGACAUCCAAGUACCUGGGAGAGGAAGGUCAAGUUUAGGACAAAGGAUGCCAGAAUACUUAACUGAGCCAGACCUGGUAAGCACUAAACCAGAUAUUUUUUCAUCUUCCCAAAAUCAGCCCCCAUUCCAUACCAAUACACCUUCGAUAUGUGGGCCACCUCAGCCAACUUACCAUUCUUCACUGCAAACCAACAUCGCAGAAGAGAGAAAUUUACCAGUAGAGCCCACUUUCCUCAAGCCUAAGCAUAAACCUCAACCAAGCAAACAAGGUGCAGUCAUCACUGGACAACAACGUUUCUUGGAAGGCUUACAGACACCCUUUGUCCUCCAGCUGAAGGAUGACCAUGCUGACCCAGGGCUGCGGCAGAUCAUUAUAGAUGGAAGCAAUGUUGCCAUGACGCAUGGUUUGGGAAUAUUUUUCUCUUGUCGAGGCAUUGCUCUGGCUGUGGAAUACUUCUGGAACCAAGGUCAUCGCAAAAUCACAGCACUUGUACCCCAGUGGAGGCAGAAGAAAGACCCAAAGAUAAAAGAGCAGCACUUUAUGGCACAACUGCAGGAUCUUGGUCUCCUCUCCUUUACCCCUUCUAGAGAGUUUAAAGGACAGAGGAUAAAUUCCUAUGAUGACAGAUUCAUGCUGCAUCUUGCAAGGCAGACAGAUGGAGUGAUUGUAACAAAUGACAACAUGAGAGACCUUGUGGAUGAGUCAUUUGGAUGGAAAGAAAUCAUCAAGACAAGGUUGCUCCAGUAUGUGUUUGCUGGGGACCUCUUUAUGGUGCCAGAUGAUCCUCUAGGCCGAAGUGGACCCCACAUUAAGGACUUCUUACGGUCACAGAACAGGCCUCCUGUUCCAGGCAGUCACACGUUUGCUGGUAUAGCCUCAAAUCUUCCCCAAACCUCAUCUAAGCCCAGACCUCAGACAGAAGUGCUGAACUAUCGUGAAUGUACACCUGGGGGCAUUAGCAGACCUCAUGGGGCAGUCAGAGGUCAUUCCCAGGGUGGAAAGGAGAGGGCAGCAGAGGAGAUGCUUAGGUUGAAACAGGAUUUGGUGCAGAUUUUUCCAGGGCAGGAGAGUUUGAUCACAAAGAUCCUACAGUGCUACCCAGCUGUUACAGAUAUCAACCAGCUGUCAUAUUUAAUUCUGGAACAAGUAAGUUCAGAGGAGUAGAAGACCAUAAAUGUGAAACUUUCUCAAAAAUAUAUAACCUUGAAAUCAAACUAUGGGUAAAUCAGGACUAUUUAUGAAAUAUUUAAAAAUAAAAGAGAAAGCAAGAAACUCUUGAUAUUAAGACAUUAAAACUAUUGGUCCUUAAUAUUCAAAUGUGAAGUGUUAGUUAUUUGCUUGGCUACAAUGAGAAAUUGCUUGGAAUUUGAUAAUUUUUUUAUCUAUUGCAAAAAAAAAGUUCAGAAAAUACAGUGGGUAUAUUUUAGACCAGCUUUAUGUAUAUACUUACGGUGUAACUCUCAUUCCUAUUUAAAGUCAUAAUGAUUCCUUAACUUUUUAUCGGCAAAGAGGUAAUAUACCGUACCUAAAGUACGCUGCAUAUUGUGGUUAUUUUAAUUAAACUCACAAUGCAAUUUUACCAAAUAUUAUGGUGUUACUGGUUAUAUUAUAUAUUUUUUUGAAAAUCUGGCAAUAAAUUCACUUUCAUCAGGAAUAAUAAGUUGGAAUAUUUGUGUACCAAACAUGACUAAUAAAUUGAGGGGUAUUCAAACAUCA